AGAAGCAGGGGGUCCUUUAAAUCCAGUCCGCGGGGGUUUUACGUAACACAGAGGAGGGAAAAAACGAGGGGGACGCACCCGAGAGAGGGGACUUGACAGUUUGGUGACGAGGGCGGUGGAUGUGUUGGAGAGGCCAGUGCGCACAGCGCGCAGGGACUAGAGCAGGUUGAGGAUUUUUUACUGGAGGGCAGUGAAAACUUGUUGGUGGAGCAAGUGUUUCCAGGCCAUCGAUCCUUCCAUCCCUCACUGGCAACCCCACAGUGAUCUCUGAAAGGAAAGUGAAACAGGAGAAAGGGGAAAUUGCCAUUUAAAAGGGGCCUCUGGGUAUUGAGCCGUCUACGUCAUGGCAGCCAUCGAUCUGGAGCGUGGGCUGGAACACGGUGGCCGGGGCUGGGGGAAAGAGAGGCCAGAGCUGGUGGACAACUUUGACUCAGAGAUGCAGGAGUGGGAGGACCAGCUGCAGGACAUACAGAAAAAAAUUGAGGAGUUAUACAAUGAAGUUCAGGCCCGCAGAGGAGCCAACGAUAUCACCACUGACAGCCAGAAAAAUGGCGGCGAGUUGGAGUGUGGCCUAGGACACCGUGGCAAUGGUCUUUUUGCGUCCGGCCAUCACAGCAAGAACCACUCUGGAGCUAUAACUGCGCCACAUCACUAUAGUAACGACUGUAACUAUAGCCCCAAUGGGUACAGCUACCCAGUGAGUCAUCAAAAUGGCUACGGUUACUGCCACGCCAAUGGAGUUGCAGAGAUCGGAGACUUAUUGCAGGAUUAUUUGGUGCAGGGGAAGCAAAUGAGUCGGAAGAACAAUGGAGCUCGCCACGUGCGCUUCAGUGACACAAUCAAGGUGAGCGCGGACAUCCCUGCAUAUCAGGAUGAGAUCAAAAGAAGUUCUGGAAACGAAAGGCUCGGUCAAGAGCAGUUUUUGGCCAGUUUUGAGGAGACUGAAAACAGGAAGAACCAAGUGUCUCACAGGAAGAGCUCCCCUCGCAGAGAGAGCUCCCCCAACAAAGAAAACACAGGCUCCAAGCCCCCUCUUGGACAAAGGGAUGCGCCCGCUGCACAACCACGCUCACAGCUCCCAAUCGCAACAGCUGAAUCUCCUGCUCUGGACAGGAAGUCCUUCGGCCCCGGAGAUAGGAAGUGCAGCAGCCCCUCUGUUCUCAGGAAAUUUGGAGCCAUGCUUCAGGAAAACGAGGGUAAAAUGCUCACCGAAUCAGGGGUGGUGACCCAUCAGGGGCUGGCCCCGGAGCCAAAGUGCCCCACCCCUGGCUGUCAGCGCAGAGCUCUGGGAGCCACUGCAGUCGGCGGCAGGGCGCCCAUGCGCUUGCCAACCCAGAAAUGCCAAGCAGAUUCCGACGUGCUGACAGCAGAGAUAGAGUCCAGCCAAGAAUGGGGGUUAGUAUCAGACUCUGGUAGACAGAACCACAAGGAUCACAAAGGAGGCUACAGCGGUUCUAAAGGGUCCCAGUGGAGUCCUCAGCAGCCCCAGAGGAGAUCACAGGUGGCAGGGAGCCCAAAGAUUAGACCCAGGGCUAACAGUGGGGCUGACAGAGAUGGAGGACUGGCUCAAGGGGAGAGGGCAAGGAAGCCUGCACCUCAACAUGUGGAGCCCAAAAUGGACUACAGGGUCUCAAGUGCUUCUUCUGGAGCGCAGAAGAUCCAGAGGGGAGGGUUGGUGGGACAGGAGUUGCCAGGUUGUGGCCGAGUGAGGGAUGAAGGACUUAUUGAGCUGCUGGACAUGCUGGAGAUCCAACAUGAGUACAGCUCCAGUCCCAGAACAGGACACACAUCUUACAGACAGGAACCACAGCAGGUAAACCCAGCCGAGUUGUCCCCGGACAACCUUAAGAAGAGCUUCUCUCGUCCUGCACGGCCAGCCAACCAGAGACCUCCUUCCAGAUGGGCAGGCCGCACCCCUACUGCCAGGAUCACUGCCCCAUCAGGCCCAAUGUACCGUCCCCCAAGCCCCCUUACUCGCCCCCCUAGCCCCAUGACCAGAACCUCAAGUCCCGCCCUGAAGCACCGGCCUCUCAUGUCCUACUCCCUUCAGACUGAGACUGUCAUUAUGUGAUACCUUUCCAUUUCAAUAAAGCUUGUUCCCUUCCUCCAGGAUAACUUUCUCCCGGUGUAAAUAGUAAGGACUUUUCUCUUGCAAGUAAAUGCUUAGUAUCAUCUCAGUGCCAUGUUCAAGAUAAAACACAUCCACAACAUUCUCCAGUGUUGCUGUGGCUUUUUGCUUCUUCUGUGCCGAACCUUUGCCAACACAACAUAUUGCUUUGGUGCAGCUCCCUCUUAACCACUCUCCUCUUUUUUGUAUUGAAUUUCAGGUGUUUUCUGUAUAAUGAGAUUUUGCAUGUAGCCCUAGUUUGAGGGUGCAUGCCCAUGUGUUAAAUCCUCAUGGUUGCCAGGUUGAAUCAAAUUCAACCUGGCAACCAGUCGGAGUAGAUUAAGUUGCAACUGUGCUCCCAGCAGCAAUCUGCUAACUGUCAACAAUAGUGUGUUUUACUGUAUCAUAUUGUCAAAGUAAUAUAUUUAAGAUGUUCAAAUGAAAUAACAGCUGUGACAAAUGACUAUGAUAUGCCUUUAAUGUAUUUUUUUCUUGGUAAUAAAUAUGACAGUGCUUUGA